GGUAUGCCAGUCCUUAACUUUGCGGAAUCACAGCUGAUGCCAGCUUUAGGAGUCACUUUCAAGUCCUACCGAGACGGAGAAACAAUACCUCUUCUCGUGAACAAGAUUUACAGCGAAGAAUCGGAACUCCAGUUCGCAUACACGGAACUUCCUUUCGUAUGCCCUCCGACUGGUCGCCUAAAGGCAGGGCGAUUCUCGAGCGGGGCCAGCAUUUCCCUGAAUCUAGGCGAAGUCCUGCGCGGUGAUCGGAUCACGGUCUCGGACUACCAACUAGUGAUGGGCCAAGACGAGGAGGCCAAGUUUCUGUGCUCCAGGGAGGUCAGCGCAGCUGGGAUUCAGAAGACAAAGCUUCUCAUCCAAAAUGAGUACAGGGCAGAAUGGAUUGUGGACAACUUACCAGGCGCGACGAGUUUCAUGAGUACAGACAAGAGCAGGAAAUACUAUGCUGCGGGUUUCAAGAUUGGUCAGGUUAUCAACCCUGUGGAUGCCAAUCUCAAUUUUGCGAUAUAUAAUCAUGUUACUCUCGUGCUGAGAUGGCAUCGUGUGCCAGGAAUGGGGGCCAACAAGGGAAAGAAGGUCAUCGUCGGGUUCGAAGUCUAUCCGAAAAGUAUAUCCGCAAGUGGUCGAAAGGAGGACGGGCUGCCACCGUCUGGCGAGGUCACUCAUGAUCCGUUCAUCCUGGCUGUACCCUCAAAUGCAACAGAUGUGCGAGACACGCCCGAUACAAGCAUCACGAUACCAUUCACGUACUCAGUGUACUGGCGUGAGGAUGAAAAGCUCGAGUGGAAGCAUCGUUGGAACAUGUAUUUCGUAGCUUCCGACGACAGCUCGAACGUACAUUGGCUUGCGAUUUUGAACUCAUUCGUCAUUGCCGGACUCCUCACGGCCGUUGUAGCGGUGGUAUUCACGCGCACCAUACGAGGCUCAAUUGAAGACAUCGAGCGAGCAGCCGAAAUUUCUGACGGUGAAGAGGAAGAACUUGCAGGUUGGAAGCUCGUCCAUGGAGACGUCUUCCGCGCGCCUGCCUACGCCGGUCUCUUCUCUGCUGUCGUAGGCUCUGGCACCCAGCUCAUCUUCGCCACCGUCGGCAUCAUCAUCCUCUCCGCCGUAGGUGUCCUCAAUCCAAGCUUCCGUGGCGGCUACAUCAGCGUAGGCAUAGGCCUCUGGCUCUUCGGAGGUCUCUUCGCAGGCUACUUCUCUUCGCGUCUCUACAGAACCUUUGGUCUUGAGGACUGGCAGCAGAACGUUCUCUGUACCGCAUCUUUAGUCCCCGGUCUCCUCUUCGCAGCUAUCUUCAUCCUCAACCUCUUUGUCUGGAUCCAGGCCUCUAGUACCGCACUUCCGUUCACCACUCUGGUUGCCUUGAUAGCCCUGUGGUUGUUCGUUCAACUGCCUCUUGCAUAUAUUGGCGGGUGGUAUGGAUACACGCAAGCCGGCGCCUAUAACCAUCCCAUCAAAGCGAACGCAAUUCCACGACAAGUGCCUCCACACAGUUGGUACUUGAGAAGCAUGCAAACGUUCUUGUUUGCCGGCUUUGCGCCAUUUAUGGUUAUGUACAUUGAAUUGCUGUUUGUUUUCAAGAGCUUGUGGUUGGACAAAAGUGGAUAUUACUAUGUGUUCGGGUUCAUGAGCGUUGUAGGGGUGAUCCUGGGGGUUACUGUAGUCGAGGCAGCGGUCGUAGCUACAUAUCUACAGUUAUGCUCUGAGAAUUACCACUGGUGGUGGCAAUCUUUUCUCGCCGGCUCUUCUUCCGCACUCUGGAUCUUCGGGUACCUCGCCUAUUACUUUUGGACUAAACUAAACAUCACCGGCUUCAUGUCCGGCCUGCUUUUCUUCGCAUAUGGCGCGUUGGCGUGCGCGGUAUAUGGGUUGUUAGUUGGCACGAUUGGGUUCCUCGCGAGCUAUGUCUUUGUGAGGAGGAUCUAUGCGGCUGUUAAAGUGGACUAA